UAAUCUGUGCUGACUUCCAACGAACAAAAGUAAAAGCUAUCAGCCUAUAACCCUCCAAAGCGGCAAGUGUCUCUCAUCCCUUUUCUCUCUCACACACUCUCACCUCGCUGUUUAGUUCUACUAUUCUUUCUACAUACAGAGCCAAAGCAAUGCCUCGGACAUAUCAAAGUUCGAGCAGCGACAAGGCAGGGACUUUCUUUUUUGCAACCCUGGUUCUAUGGUUUGUUUCUGUUCUGUUCGAAAUUGUGUUCAACAAGCGGAGAGAGCUCCUUUACGUCGUUGCUGGUGGUUGCUUUUACCAAAUAGCAAAUUGGGUUAUUAGAGUUCGCGUCUCUCGUGAUCCUCUCUUUGUUAACACCUCUGUCUCUCUCCUUCACUCCACAAUCACCUCUACUUCAGUGGUUUUCAUUUUGGUUAAUCAGUGGUUAAGGACUGGUUUCAAGAGGAUGUUUGAUCAUACACAACUUGUUGAGGGUACUUGGCCUUGGGCAUACCAGGCUUUAUGCUUCUCAUGUGGCUACUUUGCAUAUGAUCAGUGGGAUAUGCUGCAUUACCAUCUAUAUUCUGGCGUUAUCCCUGCCAUUCUAAUGCAUCACCUAAUACUGCUUAUUUGCUUCACACUUGCGUUGUAUCGACAUGUCACCGUCAACUACCUUAUUCUCACUCUCAUUUGUGAGCUGCAUUCUAUCUUUCUACAUGUGAGGAAAGUGAGACGGAUGGUUGGUGUUCGCGAUGCCAAGAGCAAAGUUGUGAAGGUAGAAUGGGUUCUUAACUGGAUCAUGUUUGUCUUGGCAAGGAUUAUAUCUCAUGUUCUGAUAACCGUAAAGCUAAUCAAAGAUGCUUACAAGUUUGAAAAGGGUGUUGAAUGGCCACUUGCCAUGUUUGGAAUGGCGGGAAUGAAUUUGCUUAAUGCUUUUCUCGGCAUUGAUCUCUUCAAUGCAUUCAAGAGAGAGAAAAAUCCCCAGCAGAAUAAUCAAAAACGCCGUGAAUGACUGACAGAACAAUAUCCGGAAAGACUUCACUAAAUCUUAGAAGUUGUCAUUAUUUUUUCCCAUUGAUUUCACACGGGAAGUUAUAUCCAGCUCGGAAUGUGGUACAUUUUUGUUAGCAUGAUGCAUAUACACAAUGUAAAUUAUGCACAAUGGAAUAUAUGAUUUGUUUUCAACGGUCUAGUGUACACGAAUGAUAUUUGACAGAUUGAACGGAUGUUUUUAUCCAGCAGUACCCCGCUGUCUA